AAACACCAAGGCACAUACCAUCAAGUAUGAAGGUUACAAUGGAAGUGAACAACAGAUACAUAACAAUAAAGACUCACAUAGAAGGUGCACCAAAAGAGUCCGACUUCGAGCUGAAGAAUGCAGCUCUUGCUCUAUCAAUUGAGGCUGGAUCCAAUGAUGUAAUUGUGAAAACUCUCUAUGUGUCAAUUGAUCCGUAUCAAAUUAACCGCAUGAAGAGUUAUAGCUCAUCACGCAAAGCAACAGUGGCUGCAGCGCCCAUUAAUCAUGGUGAAGCCAUUGACGGUUAUGGUGUGGCGAAAGUUGUUGUUUCUGGGAAUCCUGAAUUCCAAAAAGAUGAAUUAGUAGUAGGGUUCGUCGGCUGGGGAGAGUAUAAACUUGUCAAAGGAGGUGACAGGUUAAGGAAAUUGGACCCAAUGGGAUUUCCCUUGUCUAACCAUGCUGGAAUUUUCGGAUAUGGUGGACUUACAGCCUAUACCGGAUUUUUAGAAAUCUGUAAGCCUAGGAAGGGGGAGAAAGUAUUCGUUUCUGGUGCAUCUGGAUCGGUUGGAAACUUAGUCGGACAGUUUGCCAAAUUGUUUGGUUGUUACGUAGUUGGCAGCGUUGGAAACAAUAAAAAGGUAGCACUACUAAAGGAGAAGCUUGGUUUUGAUGAUGCAUUUAACUACAAAGAAGAACCUGACUUGAAGGCUACUCUGAGAAGGUACUUCCCUGAUGGGAUUGAUGUAUAUUUUGACAAUGUGGGAGGAGAUAUGCUAGAAGCAGCAGUUGCUAACAUGAACUUAUUCGGUAGAGUGGCUGCUUGUGGGGCGAUCUCUGAGUACACGAAUGCUAGCAAAAGAGCUUCUCCCAAUAUGCUAGAUGCUGUGUACAAGAGAAUCAAAAUCCAGGGAUUUUUAGUCUCGGAUCACAUUAAUUUGUAUGCAGAUUUCGUUUCAACGAUUGGUGAUCACCUCCGUAAUGGCAAAAUCCAGCCACUUGAAGACAUAUCAAAUGGUGUGGAGAGCAUCCCCUCCGCUUUCAUAGGACUCUUUCAGGGUGAUAACAUUGGAAAGAAGAUUGUUUGUGUUGCAGAAGAUUGAAAAGGAAGAUACUCAUUGUUCUUUAUUUGUUCUCACUGGCAAUGGCAUGGUCUCAUGUACAAUAGCGUUUUUCACCAUUUUCGGACCUAACAUUUCUCGUCAAAUUGAUCAAAAUUGAUUUGUCGCAUCAAUUAGCGUUUGUAAGCAGAUUAAAUUAAUCAUACUGCAGCAAUAUGUUGUUGGGAAUCUAGUGACUGCUUUUUACAUCAGAAAAAAAAUGAUAAUUACAAAGCAUUUGUUA